AUGGAUCCUAUGAAGAAAUUACAACUAGACUCUGGAUCACCAUUAGAAGAUCCCUCAAAAUACAGAAGAUUGAUUGGGAGACUAUUAUAUCUUUGUAUCACUAGACCAGACAUCACUUAUGCUGUCCACAAACUGAGUCAGUAUGUUUCAAAACCCUGCACAGAUCAUUGGUAUGCUGCUGAAAAGAUCUUGAAGUAUUUAAAGAGAACUCCAGGUCAUGGCCUUUUCUUUUCCAGUAGCAGUAAGCCUACAUUGAGUAUAUUCUCAAAUGCGGAAUGGGCAGCUUGCCCAGACACAAGAAAAUCCAUGACAGGAUAUUGUUUGUUUCUUGGUAAUUCUCUAAUUUCAUGGAAAGCUAAGAAGCAAAACACUAUUUCUAGAUCUUCUGCAGAGGCAGAAUAUCGAGCUAUGGCACAAGCAACUUGUGAAGUUGUGUGGGCAAAGACCUUACUCGAAGACUUUGGAGUAAAAACAGAAAAGACAGUUCCCUUAUAUUGUUACAAUCAAUCAGCUAUCUAUAUAUGUUCUAAUCCAGUUUUCCAUGAGAGAACAAAACACAUAGAGAUUGAUUGCCACACGAUUAGAGAAAAGUAUUUGAAAGGUGUCAUCAAACCACUGAUCAGAAAUAAUUUGUAG